AUGGCUGCACCCAGCAAAAUGAAUCAAAGUACACUCGAGCUCUGCUACAAAGUCAAAUGUCCUGCUCACAUACCAUGCUUGUCGGCCGCCGCUUCCAGCAAGCCACCACUAUCUCCAGGAUCCACAGUCUCCUCAUCAUACCGACCACAUCUUCCAACAUCAUCACUACCAACAUGCUCACUCACUCGUCUCAUCUCGCACCCUCUCACCACCUGCUUCAUCUUCCUCGCCGCAUUCACACUCCUCGUCUACGGCCUCUACCUACUAACGCCGAACCUUCGCUCGCCAAAACAGAAACCACUCCGCUCGACGCCGCUGAUGGAGUAUAAUCGGGCAUUUGAGAGUCUAGUGGAGGAUCUAAAUAGGGUAAUAGAAUUGGGAGGGCACGAGGAAGUUUUGAGGGAGUAUGAGAGAUGGGAGAGAACUAGGAAUGGAAUGAGGGGAGGAUUUGGAACGGUAGAGCAUGUUGGCGAGAUUUUAGAGGGCUUGAGAAAUGUGGAUAUCGUUGGAAAAUUUAGAGAUGAAGCAGGCAGAAAAAAGCAGAAGGAGACAAUACGAAAGAGGAAGGAGUUGGACAUCAAUGUCGGAAGGCCGAGGGACCAGAGAGUGGGAUUGAGCAGGAGAGCGACGACUUACUGA